AUGAAUCAGACAGUAGUGGUGAAGACUGAAAUGCAGUCUAAUGGGGAAAUUCUGCUGUUUUAUGUAGAUGAAAAUGGUGGCAACGAAGAAGGAGUAUUGACAACAGUACAGAGCAUUGAAGAUCAAGCAAUAGAACUGCAACAAGAUAACUCGUAUAUCUUACCAGAUGUUGGAGACCUCUCCAGCGAUAUUAAUGUAGCCCAAACCAGCAUACAGAAUGAUAACUGGAGUGAUGAUGACAUCAGGAAGCUUCUCAUUUUCUACACUGAUAACAAACAAACAUUUAUAUCAGGCACAACAAAAAAGAAACACUUAUGGACCGUUGCGUGCAAGACAAUGUUGGUUGGAAAAAAUCCUAACGCUUGUGAUGCACAACUGAACAGCCUUCGGGAAAAAUACUUUGAAAUGUGUGGCCAUAUUCAAAAAGGUCAGUACAUAAAGUGGCCCUAUUUUGAAUUAUGCCAUCAAGUGUUUCAUGAUGAAAUCUUCAAAAGUAGUCAAGACUAUGAUGAUUUAAUUGAACCGCAAAUAGCACAUGUAUCAGUGCCAAAACCUAGUCAUGAAAAUAUCAUGGUUGUAAAAAAAGUUAACAGUCGAGCAUCUCCUGAUGAAAAAGUUGAAUUAAUGCUUAAUUUGUAUUUGAAGUACAAAAAGAGUUUCCAACAAGAAUAUAGGAGAAAGGGCCUAUGGGAGACUAUUGCUAUGGAGUUGGGCGAAGAUGAUGGAGAGUAUUGGCAAAAGCGGUUUUUGAAUUAUAAGCAACAUUACUCUCGGUUGCUUGAGAAGAGACGCAUAUCUGGUCCAGAAAGUAUUAAUUGGCCUUACAUGGAAUUAUUUGACAAAAUAUUUGAAGGUGAUGAAGAUUUCAAUCGCAAAUAUACAAAUCAGGAUUUAAAGGAAAGUCAGGUUGUUUUAGAAGAAUCUAAACUUGAUUGGGAUAAUACAGAAAUGACAGUUUUAGUCAAAUAUUGUUUUGAUUGUUUUGAUGAGUUUGAAGAUAGGACCAUACCAAACAAUUUUCUUUGGAACGAAAUAGGCAGACUCCUAGACAAAAGUGCUGAUGCUUGCAAACAAAAGUAUGAAGAUAUGAAAAAUGCCCAUUUGGAUAAAUAUAUAGAGGGUGGAUACGAUAUGCGAAGUCGUAAACCUAUAGCAAUAUUAUUUGAUAAUAUAAUAUCAAAGGAAAUUGAAUUGCAGAUUAUUAAAAUGAGAAAUAAACCAGAGGAGCUAGAAAUAUGGAAAAUGGAAGAACUUGAUGAACUCGUUCAAUUCUUUUAUGCAAAUGUAGAUAUGUACAAAGAUCUCAUUUGCCACUAUGUAUGCUGGGCAGCGGUGGUGAAAAAGAUGAAGCGAGAAUUGCAAAGCUGUAAGGGGCAAUGGGAGGAUCUAGUUUCUCUUUACAAGACUAUUUUGAAUGAUAAGAAAGAAAAUCCUGAUAUGCAAAUAGAUUGGAGAUACAUUGAACUUUUUGAUAGAAUAUUUGACUAUGGUAUGGACACGAAUCUGCUUUCAGGGUAUGAAAAGUUGAAGGUACCAAGUCAGGAAAGCAGUAAAAUUGGUGUUAAAAAAAUUAAAAUAAAAUCUGAAGACUUAGAAGAAGAUUUUUCUGAAGAUGAUGAAUCGUUCGACGAAAGAGGCUUCACAAAACGCACUAAGCGACGAACAGGAGAUUCCAAAGCUUUCAAAAUACUCGAAUACUACCAGAAAAAUAAAGAGAAGUUCUCAACUACAAAUAGAAACAAACAUUCCCUGUGGGAGAUACUCGCUAAACAAAUUGGGAUAUCAGCUACACAGUGCGCCCACAGGUUUAGAAAUCUCAAACAAGUGUACACAGCUUAUGUCCAACGAGAAAUUAAUAAACCCGAAAUGCCAAUUCUCUGGCCUUACUAUGCUCUGUGUAAAAAAGUUUUUGGAUAUAGAGCCAUAAAAAAUAAAUUGAAAAAUGGUAAACUGGAUUCAGAUGAUAGCGAGGAUUGGUCUGCUAAAGAAAUUAAGCAACUUAUUAAUUAUUUCUCUCAAAACUUUGAUGAAAUUAAUAUGAAUGUUGACGAUAGUACUAAAUGGUCUGAGUUAGCAGCAGAGAUAGGUAAAGGAGAAACAUCUUGUAAAGAAAAGUUCUUAGAACUUAGAAAGUCUUAUAGGAAGCUGAAGACUAUGAGAUCCAGGAACCCAGAUGUGAAGAUAUCUUGGAAGUACUUUGCCUUGUUUGAACAGAUUUAUAGUGCAAGGGAAGACGGUGUACAUGAACCUAUGGAUGUGGAUGAUGGGAGAACAUACAUGGAAAUUCCCAUGGAAUCUGAUGAAAGGAACGAUCAAGAAGAAGACGAAUACCAAUGUAUAAUAGUCAUACCAGAAGGCGAAGAUAUAGAAAACGCUCAAAUAAUCAUUCAAGACCAUUCUAGCAUAUCAGAAGAGCAAGAUGUGCUGACCGAUCAAACUGAGUCAACCAUUCAAACUGAGCCAUCCACUCCAACUGAGCCAACCACUCAAACUGAGCCAUCCACUCAAACUGAGCCAACCACUCAAACUGAGCCAACCACUGAAACUGAGCCAACCACUCAAACUGAGCCAACCACUCAAACUGAGCCAACCACUCAAAAUGAGCUAACCAUUCAAACUGAGCUAACCACUCAAAUUGCAGAAGCUACAGAACCAGCAGAACCACCAAAAACUUUUAUUAAAUGGACAAAAAGAACGAAGAAGCGACUACUUAUUUAUUAUAUAAACUAUAUAAGAUCCCAUAAAGGUAAAGAAAUAGAACCCAAAGAAAUGUGGAAAGAGAUAGCAACAAAAUUGAAAGAUAAAACUCCAUUGGCUUGUAGAAAAAUGUUAGCAAAGUUGAAAGUGAACCAUAGGCAAAUUGAAACUGAUGAUCCAAAUAUUAAAAAGCCACCUUACUACACACUAAUGCAGAAAGUAAUGCGGUUAAAGCCUAAAUUUGUAAAAACGGCGAAAAACAAGGCUUUAAAAGACGGGAAAGUAUACAAAGAUGUAGUUUUACCUGAUGAAAAAGUUGUGCAAGCACUUCAAUACUACUUAGAAAACAUUGAAGACUUUGUAAGUCCUAGAUACGAAAAGAAAUAUCUAUGGACAGGGCUGGCUAACGCCGUUAGUGAACCUAUAACAAAAGUGUUUAACAAACUGAAUUAUUUAAAACAAUUUUACAAUAGUGAUACCGAUGAGGUUGCUGGACAAAAGACACCUUUUGCACCAUUGCUGAAAGAAAUUUUAGCGAAAGAAAUAGCUAUAAAAUUGGUGUUGGAAAAUGAACCUAAACCUGUAGUAGAAGAUUCCGAUAUUGAAGUAGCAUGGACCGAUAAAGAAACGGAACAACUCCUAGAAUGGUAUCUAAGUAAUUUGGAUAAAUUUAAGAAUCCGAAAUUUGUAAGGAGUUACUUGUGGAUGGAGGUUUCAGCUAUUUUAAAUAAAAGUGCGAUUGCCUGUUCAAAGAAAAUGUAUGAAAUCAGAACUCAAUACAGGAAUAUGGUGAGGGAAACCCCUGAUGAAUUGGCUGGAUGGAGAUUCUUGGAGUUGUGUCAGAAAAUUUAUGGGACAGGCAAGAAGGGGAACCAGCCUUUGCAGGACCCGACGGUUGCCUGA